AUGCGCAGUCGAGGCUACGCUCAAUUCACGAUGCAGCUUCCUGCAGCUGAAGACGAAGAUGCCACCAGUCCUGAAAAGACAGGGUUGUUGGCAACUGUCACAGAAACUCCACACCAUUUCCGUCCUUUGCCCAAGUUGUCACAUUUGCCUGGCAAGGUCGCCCGUGGCGAAUACAUUCUGGCACGCCCAUGCCUGAUACAAUCGCUCACGAUACUGGAAAAGCUCGAGAAUGGUGCAGUCAAGACAAAAGGAACAGGCCGAGAGCCCAAGACUCACGAACCUAGACAUGCUCUGUCUGAGAUUGGAGAAGCCGACCUCGUCAGUUCAACUCUCAUCGGAGAGCCCCAGAGAGCCCUGUAUCAAAAUAUAGCCGUCGCUGAUGAAGCAUCUCAUGCCAGAGAACUGAAGACUCCGGACACCACGGCUCCUGAACAGCUAUUACCUCAGGGACCUCAACCAGAAGAUCCACUUGGUGCAACAAAUCAACCAACAGUACCAUGGGUGCCUUGA